AUGAAUUGUCGUCAUUUUCUAGUUGACUGUUACGAUGGACCAGAUGGACAACCUCGUGUUUACCAUGGUUUUACUUUUAUCAAAUCUUGUCCGUUUGAGACAAUAAUUCGCGCAAUCCAGCCACAUUUAUUCACUGUAUCACCGUAUCCAGUUGUUCUCGACAUUGAAAAUCAUUGCACACCUGAUCAACAAAAAGAAAUGGCACGCAUUCUAAAAGAAAUAUUAGGAGAUAAACCUUUGCAAACAGAUACUCCAUUUAUUUUACCUUCACCCGAUGAUCUCAAAUACAAAGUUUUGAUAAGAAGUCCAAAAGUAGUUCAGACAACACCGGUUACAAAAACGUUACCACCUCAAGAUGAGCAAAAUGAACUAUUCAUUUCCGCGAGCGAAAGAGUUGACUAUGAAUUUUCUCAAUUACUUAUAUAUUUGCAAAAUGUUCCGUAUCGCGAUUAUGCUUACGCAAAAAGAAAUUGUUUAAACCCUAUCUGGGAUGAGACAAUGAUAUUUAACAUCAGUGUUCCCGAACUAUGUCUCGUUCGGUUUGUUGUUUUGGAUAGUGACGUAGUUGGUUCAGAUGAUAUUUUGUCUUCAUUUUGUUUGCCACUAACAACCAUGCAAAUCGGUUAUCGUCAUAUUCAUCUUCGUAAAACAGACGACGAUCCCACUUACUCAACACUAUUUGUUCAUGUCAAUAUUCAAAAUUAUAACGAUAGCACAAAACUGUAA